GGAUGCGCUCAAGCCGAAUGGAGGCAAGGACUGUCAUCAUGAGGAGAAAAACUAAAACUCUAAGAGUUUUAUUCAAACUAAAAAGCACGGAAAACUAAGACCAGUCAACUAUAAUAUUCAAAGAAUAUUUUGCAUUUCUGUAAACGAGCGAAGAUGGAUAGUGCAAAGUGCAUACUUGCAUUUGAAAGAUUCAGCUUCAAGCCAGUAUCCAACUUUUGAACGAAAAUAUGUGUCCGCGAACAACUGGUCAGCUGUCGGGUUGUCAUGUCAACCAUUGUAUACAUUCAUUCGAUGAUAAACCAAGAAAGUGCGCGUGCAAGAAUCGACAAGAAAACCCUUUAACGAUAUAAUACUUAAACAUGGGGCGUCUACCCUAUGGCCCAGGCAACCCACACAUCCUACAGAGUAAGGGUGCAGACAAAGGAGUUAUGAAGUUCUAUUGCACUGAAUACUCUACUCAUUAUGGUCAGGAAGGUUUUAACCCAAGAACAGGCAAACAUGUCGGCACUGGAUAUCAGUCUAAUUUCAGACCUGGAGUAUACUAUAGUAGGAAGCUUGAUGAACUGGAUAAUCCAGCCAUGGGGAAAAUUGUAAGCGAUAAUUAUGCAUCUAUCACCAAGAAGCAUUUCCUGCCUUCUAAAGGUUCUCAGGGCUUUGAUCCUUUUUCAAGAGGACUACACAUGACAGCUACUAGUGGCUUUGUUAAGGAUAUUCCAGGAAACUUGCCAAAAUCUCACCAAGUUGCUAGUGUACAUAUUGAUACCAGAAGACAGGGCACAGUCUAUCCUGCUCAUCGUCCUCUGCUACACACCUUGAAUCAAAAAGAUCCUAUUCAGAGAGAAAAUGCUUUUCAUGGCCCUCUUUACAUGUCUACUGAGGCAAGAACUAGGUUCCUUGGCCUACCAAGUGAGAGAAUGAAUACCUCAUGUAAAACAGUAGGGCACAAGGAAGGUUCUGGAUUCACGCAUGCUUAUAACGAUGAGCCUGUCUUGUUUAACCCAAUGGAGGCAUAUGAAGGAUUGAAAGAUCCUCGUUUUACAUCAAGACCCACUGGAUACAGUGUGAUGAAAGGAUCUUUUAGGCCUGUAGAAUACCAACAUGGUAAUGAGGAAUUCCCGAUCUUGUCCCAUGCAUCUGAUCGCAACACUGGUUUCACCCAUGGUACUAAAGUCAAGCCAGUAUUCUACAUGAAGUUGAAUGAUGCUUACACCAAACAAGAUGACCUGCACCCUCGUAUACAGCAACGUGUCCAGAAGAUCGACCCGUGCGAGUACUCAAAUAUCAUCAAACCCUACACUUACUCAAGUACUUCCAAACUUGCCUUCCGAGGAAAGCAAUGCAACGAUCCGUCAGAAGCAGCAAGACUUGGAAAUACUUCUAUUGGAAACAAGGAACCGACAGGAUACAGUGAGAACAAUGACAAGUUCUUCGAGACGGCCGAGACAGAGGAGUUGUUAAGAAGAUUUGACACUCAUUAUAACGCAAAGCUCUACAACAUGAACCCUGCUGGUGAUGCUCGUAUGGGUCACACUAGGGGUAAUUUACAGACUCAGCUACCAGAUGGCUUCACCAAGAGCACUAGUGUGCACAAGUUUGGACCAGACAUUAAUACUACUGUACAGUUAAGAGGACAGAAGCCUUAUCAAGCAAGGAGCAUCAAAGCGCGUGACCCAUUCUUUGAUGACCACACGUAUGACAAGAAGCUGCACACCACACAAGCCAUCACUGCUUGAUUGUUCAAGCUCAAGUCAGUCUUAUUCCUCAAUUAAGCGGAAUAAUAUACCCAGACAAAAAUUGAUCCCGACAGGUAACAUUAUCAACGACCAAAAUGCUGAGGUUAAAAAUAGUGCCAAAAUCUUUGUUAGAACUAUUCAAAUUUGGUAAAUGGCGUUAUAAAAGCAAAAGCCAAUGAAUUUUACUUUUCUACUUUUUAAAAACAUUUUUAAGAGAGCUUUAAUUAGAUGAACCACGUUGUCCCUGAUAAUAAAUAUUUGUAUAAACGAGUAAAAAUUGAUGAAUAUUCGAGUGCAAGUCUAAGUCAGUCGCGGGGAAACUAAAAAAAUGCAUUUUAUCUUAACAAAAUCACAAUCACGAAGAUAAUAAAAUUGUUUAGUUGAA